UGCUGGUCACUGCUUCUGUUGACAAGAUUGUCCUAAAGAAGCCGAUCAGUGUUGACAUGGAUCUGAAAAUGGUCGGCUGUGUCGUAUGGGUUGGGCGAUCAUCAAUGGACAUUCAGUUAGAAGUCAUUCAGUCUACAAAAGAUAAUUCCAGUGUGACAGACUCAGUAGCUCUGUCAGCAAACUUCAUAUUUGUGGCCCGGGACUCUAAGACUAGGAAAGCUGCUCCAGUGAACCGGCUCUCACCACAAACCGAGAAAGAGAAGUUACUUUUUGAGGAGGCUGAAGCAAGGAGUAAAUUAAGGAAGAGCAAGGCAGUAGGAAAUAAUAGAGGAUUUGAGAAUGAGGAGGUAAACAGACUUCAAGCAUUGUUGACCGAGGGCCGAAUCUUCAGUGACAUGCCAGCCCUGGCAGACAGAAAUAGCAUUCUUCUCCGGGAUACACGCCUUGAACACUCUUUGAUUUGCCAGCCACAGCAAAGGAACCUCCAUGGUAGAAUUUUUGGAGGUUUUUUGAUGCACCGAGCAUUUGAAUUGGCUUUCUCAACGGCUUAUGCCUUUGCUGGAUUGGCUCCUUACUUUCUGGAGAUUGAUCAUGUUGAUUUUCUAAGACCUGUGGAUGUGGGGGAUUUCCUUCGUUUCAAAUCUUGUGUUCUCUACACAGAACUUGAAAACCCGGAUCAUCCUUUAAUCAAUGUUGAAGUUGUUGCUCAUGUUACAAGGCCAGAGCUCAGAUCUAGUGAGGUAUCAAAUACAUUCUACUUCACAUUCACCAUACGUCCAGAGGCAAAGUCCACGAACAAAGGAUUCAGGAUUCGCAAUGUUGUUCCAGCAACAGAGGAAGAAGCACGUCAUAUCCUGGAGCGCAUGGAUGCAAAGGCCAUACAGUCAGCCAAAGAGUGAGUGAUAAAAGGGCAUAUAUUUCAAUUGCACAACAAAAUAAAAGUCAAUGAAGCCAUCUUGAAGAAGGAUGACUAUUGAAAAAUAGAAGUAGCUAUAAAUGAUGUUAUACUUGAACCAUAAGACAAGAUUGGCUUUGCAGCUGUAUUGAUACAAAGGGUAUGAUUAUCAAGCACACAUUAGAAGAUGAGAUUCUGUUUAAGAUAAAAUAGAAUUGAAUCUUCAUCCCA